GGCAGACCGAAUGGGUGAUGGAGAAGCCCCUGCUGGGAAAAGUGUCUGUGGGAAGGAGCGCCAGAGCAGGUGCUGAGCAAAGCGAUCCCCGAGCUUCACCCCUCCCUGGUGUGCCUGCGGGGUUGGCAUGUGAUUGCUGGCCUCCCUCUGCUGGGGGUGCACAGGCUGGGGCCUGGCCAGGUGGCCAUGGCUGACGAGAAGACCUUCCGCAUUGGCUUCAUCGUGCUGGGGCUCUUCCUGCUGUCCCUCGGCACCUUCCUCAUGAGCCAUGAUCGGCCCCAGGUCUACGGCACCUUCUAUGCCAUGGGCAGCGUCAUGGUGAUCGGGGGUGUCAUCUGGAGCAUGUGCCAGUGCUACCCCAAGAUCGCCUUCGUACCCGCUGACUCUGACCUCCAAGGCAUCCUGCCCUCUAAGGUCCCUGGCCUGUUGGAAAACGGGAUUGCCACAGAGAUGAAGAGCCCCCAGCCCCCCUACGUCAGGCUGUGGGAGGAGGCGGCCUACGACCAGAGCCUGCCUGACUUCAGGAACAUCCAGAUGAAGGUCAUGGGCCACAGCGAGGACCCCCGCCCCCUGCUGGCCCCUGAGCUGCAGCCAAGAACCAGCGACGACGGAGGGGCCGGCAGCCCACGCGACGCGCAGGCCUGGGUGGAGGCUGCUGUGGUCGUGCACAGGGGCUUGGACGAGAGUGAGGAGGAAAGAAACCGAACUCAGAACCGGCCUGGCUCCCCAGCCUGUCCCCAGGGUCCUGCGCCCUUGGCCUCCUUCCAAGAUGACCUGGACUUGGGCUCCAGCGAGGGUAGCAGCCCCCACCCAUCUCCACCCGAUGCAAAGGAACCUCACCCCCCACCACAGAAGCGCGGGACUGGCAGGAGCCCACCGGACCACUUCUAUGACUUUGCCUUAAUUGAUGACACUUCUGUGUCAGAGGACGUGCCCCGACAGGGCCAGCAGUGGGAGACAGCCCUGCCCAACAGCUGGCAGCAGUACCCGAGGACAAAGGAGGAGGAGGAGAAGGCCGUGGACCCGGGUGUGGAGGAGCCCGAGCAGGAAGAGGAAGACUUGUACUAUGGACUGCCGGACAGCCCCGGGGACCCCCUCCCCGACGCCGAGCUGGGCUUUGAGCCAGACGCCCAGGGCUGAGGGGGCACUGCUUUCGAGCUUCUAGACCCGCCUCUCAGGGCUUCAGUUUCCCUAUCUGCAAAAUGGGAUUAUAUAGAGGACUGGCUGAGACAGUGGACCCAAGAGCACUUUGAGAACUGGGAAGGAAGGCCCGGGGAGAUGCUCUCCCCAGUUUUCUCUGCCAGCUCUCGAGGGUCAAAUGGGAUUUGUUGGAAAGAUUCACAGCAGCUGGGCUCUCAAAAGCCUUUUCUGCUCCCCCAAAGCGGGCCUCUGACAGGGCGCUUUCCCACUGAGUUCCAGUCCAUGGGAAGGUGACGUGGCCCCACGCACUCAGAGCUGACUGGGUCUCCCCCUGGCCCGGUCAGUCCCUUCUGUGGCUCCCCCACUGCUCCACACCUUUGAUGACUGGCCCCUGCCGGUCACCCAGCUGCAGCCCUGGGCAGCCCCACCUCGUUCUCUCUGCUUCUCCAGUCUCCAUCCCGCUGCUCAGGGCGCGUCUCCUCCUCCUCCGGGAAGCCCUGGUUGCCGCCUCUGCCUGGCUCAGUCUGCAGACCCCUGUGGAGGUGCCCUCCUCUGAAAGCGCUUCCUGACAUCGCUGCCUCUGGAGUGGCUGGGCUCCCUCCUCCGUGCUCCCUCCUCCGUGCUCCCUCCUCUGUGCUCCCUCCGCGGCUCAUUCGCGUAUCACAGUGGCAUCAUACCUGCCUCCGGCUCCCUGGUGGCCUCUUGGUAGAUUCAGAGUGGCGGUGGGGGUGGUCACUGAGGGCGUGCAGGAUUCAUGAAGGGCCGGGAGCCUUUUGCAAAUAAUGUCGCUCUCUCCUACUUCCCCAACUUUUAGCUAUAUGGCCUCUUUACCCCGUGACAUUAAAACUUCUGGCCAGAUAUAAAGCUCCCAGAAUGCCCCCCCAGAGCAUGUUUGCUUUGGCUUAGAGUGGGUGGAGAUAAGCAUCGGAGUUCAGUCCAUUAGACUGCGUUGUAUUUCCUGAGCAUCUACUAUGUGCCAGAGGCUCAGCUGGGUUCAUCAGGAGGGGAGAGCUGGUAAGGUUCUUGACCCCAGAGGACUCACCGUCUACUGAGCCAACUUUCUUAUAAGUUUGAGACAACAGCACAGAGCAGAAGCUAAGGUGGGAACAGAGAUGUACACAAUGACCCUGGAGGCAGCACAGUGACAACUAGGCAACCAUCUGGCCCAUCAAGGGCAGCAGCAAAGAGCCUCAGCAGCCCUGAAGGCUUUGCCGUGUCCUGGCCUCACAGGGUAACGCCUGCCUCCUGUGGAUCCUCUGUGCCCCAGCCUGGGACAGUGACAGCUGUGGAGAAAAGGGAAGUGGUGCCACCUCAAACCAGGUCCCUCACACCUGGACCACCUGGGAGUGGGAGGCAUCACCUGGGCUGGGUGG